UAAGCCAAAGUCUUUUUGUUGUUGUUUUGACCGCAGCUCUAUGGCAGAGAGCAGAAGAUGUCUAGCUACCGUAUUCUUUAUAGGCUGUGACUUACUGCUUUCUUUCUCUAAGCUUCCAUUUCAUCAUUUAUAAAAUGACAAUUUAGUGUUAAUGUUCCUUUCUCCCCAAAUUCUAAAUGUCUUGUUAAGAAACUGGAAGAGUCCGGACGCUGAGGAGGAAAGCAAGUGUCAGCUCUGGCUCUGGGGGUGUGUUGCAAACUCCUGCUCUGGUGCAGAGCGCCCAGACCGGUGUGUGUGUGUGUGUGUGUGUGUGUGUGUGUGUGUGUGUGUGUGUGUGUCUAAGGGGGAAAUGCUGGCAUGGAAGAAUUCGUCCCCAUUAAGAUUUAUUCUCAAUGUUUUCCAGUCUUCUUACUUGUGUAAAAGUUCAAUUUGGUGUUUCAUUCUCCAGCUUCUGGUUGACAGAAGUUGUCAGCAUGGCUUAUUGGUAAUACAGAAUUCUGGUUUUCUCCCUUUAGGUAGCACACAGAAACGUGUUAUUUUUAGCCAGCUGAUCCGGGGUCUGUAGGUGAGAUGGUUUAGUGGAAAACUGGGUCUGAUCCAACUCUUUAUCUGCCUGGCAACAUAUCCAGCAUCCAGCCCUGGGGCUGGACACAGAGGAGCCCCAGAUCACCCCUUGUUAAGUGAAAUUGGCCACGGCAAGUCCUUUAUGUUUGCGGAAAGUCAAUUUUGCCGUCCUAAAAUCGGGGAAUUGAAUUAGAUCCUCCCCAAGGAACCCUCCAUCCCUAGAGUCCUAUACCUCUCCCUAGGCCCCUUGGAGGCUCUCGCUGUGAGGACAGGCAGCCUCACAGCCAAGGUCUGUGCCUGGGUAUGAGGCUGUCCUGCGUUCAUGCCUUCUCCUAGCUUUUUAAGGGACAGAAUGAUCCUACUGUGGCUGCAGGUGGCUCCACCAGAUGGCUGACCCUGGUCCUCACCCUUUGUGAGUGACCAGGUGCAGGACUCCUAACCUCGCCCAGGUGAGAGAGGCCGAGGUCCAGAUAAUGAUAAUAGCAGCCACCACCACAAUAAUGACAACAGGUGACCUGUACUGGGGACUUACUUGGAGCCAUGUGCUAUGGACUCAGGACACCCACUAGGAGGCGCGCGCGCGAGGAACUCUGUGGGUGCAGAGGCGCGAUGGACGGGGAGGCUGGGGGGGCGCCCGAGGUGCACAGGUCCCCGGCUCCCAGGGACUUCCACUUCUGUCCCACGGAUCUGUAUGACUCCGAAGGCCGGCUGCGGCUCUUCCCGGAAGAACACAGGCGGACGGGAAGACAAGUGCCCGCCGAAAUGACCAGCGAGCCCGGGGGGGCGGCCCCAGGUAAGGCCCAGAGCGACCUGGAGGAGGAGGUGCAGGAGCUUGCGGAUUUGUACGCGCUUGGAGGUGGUGGCGAGUGGGGCGCGGAGCUCGUGGAUGGAAGCGCGCCGCGCGUGGAGGUCUCGGAACCCCGGCUGCACCUGCCCGCGGCCGGGGCGCAGAGGGACUGGCGGCUGGGCGCCGAGGCCGAGGACCCGGGCUGCUUGGGCUGGGGCGCGGCCGGCCGGGACCUGCGGGAAGCCUACAGGUACGCGCACGGCCGGGCCAGCGAGGAGUACGAGUGCUACGUCAUCCCCGAGGAGGAGGACGAGGACGAAGCCGCCCUGGUCUUCUGUGUCACUUGCAAAGCCCCAGUAAGGGCGUGCGAGGUUUCGGAUGCGCACGGAGAGCAUGAGGUGACCCCCCUCAGCAAGGCCCUGGAAAGCGCCAAGGACGAAAUUCACAAAAACAUGUUCAAACUGGAAAAGCAGAUUAUCGAGAUGGAGAAUUUUGCAAAUCACUUGGAGGAGGUUUUCAUCACCGUGGAGGAGAACUUUGGAAGACAGGAACAAAAUUUUGAGUCACAUUUCAAUGAGAUUUUGGAAACACUUGCUCAAAAAUAUGAAGAAAAAAUACAAGCUCUCGGAGAGAAAAAGAAAGCGAAGUUGGAAGCCUUGUAUGGACAACUGGUCAGCUGUGGGGAAAACCUGGAUACCUGUAAGGAACUCAUGGAAACCAUAGAGGAGAUGUGUCACGAAGAGAAGGUCGACUUCAUAAAGGAUGCUGUGGCUAUGGCUGACAGACUGGGAAAAUUCUUGAAUACAGAAACAGACGUGGAAAUCUCUGCGCAGCCUGACUUUGAAGACCAGACCUUGGACUUCUCUGAUGUGGAGCAGCUAAUGGGCUCCAUUAACACCAUCCCAGCUCCUUCUGCUCCAGUGAUAAACCCACAGGCCCCCAACUCGGCCACGGGCUCCUCUGUCCGCGUGUGCUGGAGUCUGUACUCUGACGACACGGUGGAGAGCUAUCUGCUGUCCUACCGGCCGGUGCAGGACGGCUCGCCUGGGAAGGACCAAGCAGAGUUUACGAUGACUGUCAAAGAAACGUAUUGCUCAGUGAGAAAUCUUGUGCCAAACACCCAGUAUGAAUUUUGGGUCACAGCUCAGAACGGGGCCGGCCGCAGCCCCGCCAGUGAGCGUGCAAUGUACAUGACAGCCCCCUCCCCUCCCGUUAUAAAAAGCAAAGAGAUACGGAGCUGCGAAGAGGCUGCACUGAUUUGCUGGGAGUCUGGGAACCUGAAUCCCGUGGACUCGUACACGGUGGAGCUGACCCAGGCGGAAAGUCCUGAAGCCUCGGGAGUAACUGAGUCGGUCGUGGGCAUCCCGACCCGCGAGGCCUUGGUGCAGCUGCAGCCCAGGCAGCACUAUACCAUCUACGUGCGAGCCCUCAGCGUGGGGGGCCCCAGUGCAAGGAGCGACCCCGUGACCGUCUACACCACAGGCAGCUUCUUCCACCUGAACCAGCACACCUGCCAUCCCGGGCUGACCAUUUCUGAAGAUGGGUUUACGGUCGUGCGGAGCGAAAGGAAAACCCCAGCAAAGGAGCCGCUCCCUGGCAACACCCGGUUUACCAGGUGUGUUGCCGUCAUGGGGAAUCUCAUUCCAACCCGAGGGCGCCAUUACUGGGAGGUGGAGGUGGACGAGAGGUCCCACUACACGGUGGGUGUGGCCUUUGAAGAUGUCCCUAAACAAGAGGACCUGGGAGCAAACUGCCUGUCUUGGUGCAUGAGGCACAGACUUGCAUCAUCACGGCAUAAGUAUGAGUUCCUGCACAACGGGACGACUCCAGAUAUAAGAAUAACUGUCUCCCCGAGGAAGAUCGGCAUUCUGCUAGACUAUGAAAAUUCAAAAUUGUCAUUUUUCAAUGCGGACAUUUCUCAGCAUCUGUACACGUUUAGUUGUCAGCUUCACCAAUUUGUGCAUCCCUGUUUUUCUUUGGAAAAGCCUGGGUGUCUGAAGAUACAUAAUGGCAUUUCAAUGCCAAAGCACGUCACUUUCUACUAGACCAUUCUGAUGCCAGCUCCCUCUCUUCUGUACCCACCCCUCCAAGCCGGCCACCCCUCAGCUGGUUGAACUUGGCGUUCAAGCACAGGUUUCUAGCCCUGCGCACUGCCGCCGGUAUGAUGUUAGGUUAGUCAUUACCAGGCGCGGCUGUAAAAUGAGGGCUCAGACAAAAUGAACUCCAGGCCUUUCAGGUGGUCAAACUGUAUCGGUCUGUUUGUUUAUACGCAGAGUAUCUGAAAGUCCAAGGCCUACAGAGCUUGGGGGCAGGGGCAAGGGAGGGAAGAGAUACAUAAGUACUAGUGGCCGCGGCACACCGGGGACAUCUCGCGAGUCAGCCGGGAACAGACUCCAGAAGGCAAGAGGCUGUCCACAGAGAACCAGGGAAGCCACGCGCCUUCUGUUUUCCGGGGAGUUAAUGGCACUGUGAUUCGGUUUCUGGCACUGAGCACGCUGUCACACCUGUUCCCCUCGUUCACAGAACUCACCCCACUCAAACUUUGAAAUGACCUCUACCGUGCGCUCUUCCAUGAAGGCAGGGACAGUGUCUGUCUUGUUCAUCAUUCGGUCCCUAAGGACUAACAUGUAACAAACGGUACACACCAAAUACUGAAUAAAUUAGUAUCUUCCUCAUCC